AUGCCUGGCCGUCGAUUGCGAUCUGUUCUCCUCCUCCUAGGAGCACAGAUGUUCGCCUUCCUCGCAUCCUCAGCCAUGGCAGGAUCCGAAUUCGCUAAGCUUCCGGCCCCACAUGCCUCCAUACAGCCACUAGAGCAGAUGAGGCUGAGAGGAGGAGCUUCCAUUCUCCCUACCUCUCUGUCGUCAGUGGGAAAGGCUGCUGUCAAGGUUGUCUCCCAGGACCAGACCAGCGUCAAGGUUGUGCUCAGGUUCAGAACGAACUACAAGACUCGUUUCGGAGAGAACGUCAUCAUCGUUGGAUCCCUGGCGGAACUGGGAGGAGUCGAAACGCCGACGGUCACGGAUGUACAAAAGGCAGCAGAGAGCGGCAAGGGAGCUCGCAUGCAGUACAUCAAGAACGACGACUGGGGCCUCGACAUGGCGCUCGAACUUUCCCCGGACGCUGACCCUCCUCCAGUUGUGCAGUACAGGUACUGCAUUGUUGAUGACAACAAGCAGCACCCGCCCAUCUGUGAAGGAGGCAGCAAGAACGGCAGGAUCCUGAACCUCGCUGGCCCUGCUGACACAUACCCUGCCGUGAUGGAGAUCCGAGACAUCUGGAAGAGUCAGAGCUCGCUGUCGAGCAUCUUCUUGGUUGCCUUCUCCGACGUCAUCUUCAACGACAAGCUCAGAUCGGAGCAAGUUGUCAGAGCCUUCAAGAGAACCUCCAGCACUGGGAGCGCGAACAAGGACGAGAAUCUCAUCUCGGUGCGUCUGACCAUCGAGAACCCGCGCGUUGAACCUGGACACGUCAUGGCCGUCAUAGCCUCCUCUUCCUUAGAUGCUUGUGGUCCAAAGUUUACACUCUCCCUAGGAAGUUGCACAGCGCUGGGUAACUGGGAGGACGGGAAGGUCACGCCCAUGUCGGGGCUCAACUACCCGCUGUGGGAGGUGGAAGUGGAUGUUCCGAUGCAUCAGAUGCCACUUUACUACCGGUAUGUUAUCAUGGAGGAGAAGACCAAGAAGGUUCUUGCCGUGGAGCAGGGGGAGUCAGCACACAAGGUGGAGGCUUCGCCUCAAGACCUCGAAGAGUCUCUUGCCGUCAUGAAGAUCACGGACGCGGGCGGCAAGACUUGCAACAGAUGCAUGGUGGUUGUCAAUGACGACCCCGACCCUGCUGUCUCCAAGAAUCCUCUCUUCAAGAGCCAGUGGAGAGGAGCUGGUGUCGCCGUCCCAGUCUUUGGUCUGCGAUCAGACAAGGGGAUGGGAGUUGGCGAGUUUGCUGACAUCAAGGGACUUGUGGACUGGUGCCGCAAGGCGGGGUUGAAGAUGAUUCAGCUGCUUCCAGUUACAGAUACCAUCUCCCAUAGCCCCUCAGACGAAAGAGACUCUUAUCCUUACUCUUCAAUCUCCGUUCAUGCACUGCACCCGAUGUACCUCCGUUUGAAUGACAUCGAAGGUCUUUCUGCUGCUCUCAAGGCGGAUAUAGAGAAGGAGGCGAAGAGGCUCAACGAAGACAACUACUACAAGGAGGCUCAGUGGGACAAGGACCUCAAGACUGAGCUUGACCGACCCAUCGAUUACCCCGAGGUCAUGCGCGUCAAGACAGGGUUCUUGCGACGAGCCUUCAAGGAGAUCGGAGCCAAGGUCAUGGAGUCGGAGGAGUACAAGGAAUUCUUUGAUCGAGCUGAGUUCUGGCUUCGACCCUACGGACUGUUUUGCUGGCUGAGGGACUUCUUCGGGUCAGCAAACCCAGACGAAUGGGGCAAGUUGGGUACAGGAAUCAACAAAGAGAAACUUAUGCGUUUUGUCUUCCUCGCUUCUUUGUAUCUUUUCCCCUAUUUCUUCUGGUCACUCAUUCUGUCAGUUUAUCUCGAGUCUUCGUACCUUCAUCUCUCCCUUGACGAGGAGCAACCAGGCGAUCUCCCCAUCGGAAUCGAUCACGACAGCGUGGACGCCUGGUACCAUCCCCACCUCUUCCACAUGAACAAGAAGACCGGAGCUCCUCCUGAUGAUUACUCCGAGAUGGGACAGAAUUGGGGUUUUCCCACCUACAACUGGGAGGCGAUGCAGCGAGAUGGCUUCAGCUGGUGGCGUUCGCGACUGAAUUGGAUGAGCCAAUACUUCCAUGCCUACAGGAUCGACCACAUCCUCGGCUUUUUCCGUAUCUGGGAGAUGCCUUCCAGCGCUACUGGCGGCCUGCUCGGCAGGUUCCGGCCGUCGCUCCCCAUCCAUCGAGAUGAGCUGAGAAAUGCGGGCAUGGAGCAUCAAAUUGAUCGCCUUUGCAACCCGCACGUGAAGAAACAUCUGAUGGAGAGAUUCUUCGGACAUGACUGGAUGAGAGUGAAGAACCGAUUCUUCGAUGACGACGGUUACGAAACCUUCAAGUUCAAGCAAGGGCUCUGCAGCGAAGUUGAGAUCGAGAAGAUUGUGGAAAGGGAAGGGUCUUGUGUUGGGUACAAGAGCAAGGAGGAGAUGAUUUACAAUCUGAAGCUACUCAUCAACAACGUCGUGUUGCUUCGCGAUGACGAUCGUCCGCAUGAAGCUUUCUACCCGGAACUUCCUGGCGACAUGCAGAACAAGCUGCGUAAUCUUUAUCAGUCAUACUUCUACGGCAGACAGGAUCAGUACUGGGCGGAUGCUGCGAUGCUGAAGCUCCCGCCGCUUCUGGACGCCUCGCGCAUGAUGGUCUGCGGCGAGGACCUCGGCAUGAUUCCAGCCUGUGUCAAGGGAGUUCUAGAGCAACUUGUCAUCAUGGGUUUGAAGAUUCAGUCUGACGCCCCGUCUGUCUGUCCUACAGCAAAGAUCAUUUCUCUCAGCAAAAUCUGGAUGAACUGA